GUUCAGCUUCAACUUCAAGGGGAACUGGAAUUCAAAGCAAGCAAAGUAAUCGAGAAGAAUCACAAAUGCAAAGCCCUGGAGUGCCUUCCGAAGAGAUAACUAAUUCAAAUGUUUCGGCAACUGAAUUACCUGAACAGUCAGGUAAACGAGUAUGCAAGGUAAGACAUGUAGAGAUGGAUGAAACCAAAAGAGAAGAAAGCUCACUGAAAGAGAGCAAGGACAAGUCGAUAGAUUCUAGCUGUCAGUCUGCCUCAUCAGGUUUGGAUAGGGGAAGCUUGCAACAGCAAGAAGAAACACCUUGCCAAAGUACGGAAAGUAAUGAGAACUGCAACAAAGUUACUGAAUCCUCGCAGCAGUCUGAACCAGUAAAAUUGAGUAAUCAGGCUGAGUCUACUAAAAUAUUUACCAGUCGGGAAACUGAUGACAGUGAUGAUGAUCGUAUCUUAGUUCCAUCUUCAAGGUUUAGAUCAGCUCCAGGACAUAGCACGAAUUCUAACCACAGCUGACCAAAGAGCACGUGAAGAAUCCUAGCGCUUUCAAAACACUGGCUAUUGUGUCAUUUGUUAUUUUCUAAUCCCAGAGUAGGGGAAUGAAGCUACUCAGGAACUCACUCCAUUUGAGUUGUACCAGUAGCUUGAUUCUUAGUUUUUGGGUGCUUGCGUGAACCAUCGAUACUAUGCUUACAUAUAGUGUUAAGCAGUUUUGUGCUCCUUAUCCAAGGAGAGAUAGUCUUGCAUUAGAACCCGGUUAGAGAAUGUUCAUUAGAUUGAUUCCUGGGAUGAAGAAUUAUUUGUGGUCUAUACUCAUUGGAGUUCAGAAGAAUUCCUAAGGAGACUUGACAGCCUAGAUGCUAAGAGGAUGUUAUUAAUCUAGAACCAGGGAAUGUCCCAUUUGAUACACAUUGGAAGAGAAAUUUCCAUUUGCUCAACAUUUGUUACUUUUUAAAAUUCUCUACCUCAGAGAGCAGAGGAGGCUGAGUCAUUCAGGGCUGAGUUCAUUGGAAUUUAGAAGAAUGAGAAGCGAUCUUAUGGAAACAAAAUUAUGAAGGUCACAAGAUAAGAUAGAAGGAGGAAGAUUUUUCCACUGUGAGUGAAACUAGAACUAGGAGCCAUAACCUCAAAAUAAGGAGGAGCAGAAUUAGGACUGAGUU